UUGCCUAUGUGUGGAUUUACAUGCAUUGAAGUGGCUAUAUAAGUAGAGUCACCUGUUCAGUUCAGCAGCUCAACAAGAAUGACGACAAUUCGGCGCCUCCUGUUCCUCAUAAUCUGCUCUGUCUUCCUCUCCGCGGCCGCAGGGGAGACCCCUAAUAACUGCGUGUACACCAUCUACGUGAAGACGGGCUCGUUGAUCAAGGCCGGGACCGACUCCAGGAUCAGCCUGAUACUGGGCGACCUGUCGGGGCGGUCGGUCUGGGUCCCGGAUUUGGAGUCGUGGGGCUUGAUGGAACCGUCCCACAACUACUAUGAGCGCGGCAACCUCGAUGUCUUCAGCGGGCUUGGGCCCUGCAUCGGCCCGCCGCUGUGCUGGCUCAACCUCACCUCCGACGGGUCCGGGGACCACCACGGUUGGUACUGCGAUUACGUGGAGGUCACGUCCGCCGGGCCUCAUAAGCACUGCGGCCAAACCACCUUCCAUGUUGACCAGUGGCUGGCCACUGAUGUUCCGCCCUUCAAGUUGACGACAGUGAUCAACGGGUGCGAGAAGGACGAUGCGCGUUCAGCGCGGCGGAGCAAGGGCGGGGCUCUCGUCACGGGGAAUCCAAGGUUGUUUGCUCGAGAAUGAUUAAGAAAAACUGCCAAUCGCAAUUUUGGUUUACCUUCUUUUUUCCGAUAUCGAUUUGUUUUCGCUUUACUUCAUUAACGCUUCUUCGUCAUCGACCUACUCGUUCAAUGACCGAGUUCGAAUUUUGAUGUUUGAGAGAGAAUUAUUUCGCGAAGCUCGUUUAAGGGGA